AACCACUAAUUAUUUUUUUUAUUUAUUAUUUUUUUUCAUUAGAAUUAAGAGAUACAGUAAUAUUUAUAUACUGUAAAUAAAAAAAUAAAUAAAAACAAAAUAAAAAAAAAUCGAGCCUAAUAGCUAAAUAAUAAAAUUAGCCCUAUCCCCCCUUCCCCCUUCCCCUCUCUCUGAGUUUCCCAUUGAAGCGCACUCCUCGUUCUCCACUGAGGCGCCUUCUGAUAUUUUAAUCCUCCAUUGAAGCAACUUUUGAGGUGUAUGGUCAGUAUGGAUAGGAGCUUGAAACCAUGUACCAGUAAUUAUGCUACUGUAUGUGAUGUUCAAAAUCACAACUUUACUCAAAUGUUGGUAGAUAGGCUCUCCAGUUUGCCUGAUGAAUUAUUAAUUCGGAUCCUCUCUUUGCUUCCUACCAAGGAUGCUGCUGCUACUUGUGCCUUGUCUACGAAAUUGAGGCGUGUUUUCCCUUUGAUUACAAGUCUUGAUUUUGAUGGUUCACCUAUUUGUCUUUGUUUGAAACAUCCCUAUGCAAUUGAGCGUCUCCCCACUUUUGUGAGCUUUGUUGAUACCGUACUCCAGACACACCAAUCGCAGCAUCUUACCAAGUUUAAGCUUAAACUUACCAGCAAGGACUUUGGUAAAGUGUACUUUUUUGGUUGCGAUAGUUGCUAUGGGUGUAGUCAAGGUUGCCUCCCUGACUUGAAAUCUCCGCGAUUGAAUGUGUGGAUCUCUUAUCCAUUGUCUUUUUGUGGCCUUAGGGAACUUGACCUCUCUAUACUGGUGGGGGAGUCAGGUAAUUUUCAGCUGCCCCCAGCUAUUUUCACCUGUGAAACGUUGGAGGUGUUGAAACUUGAGGUCAACAUUGGUUUUGAUCAAAUUUACGCCAUGACCUCUUAUCGUCUUCCAAAAUUGAAACAGCUCGUCUUGUUUGCAUCUCUCAUUUCUGAGGAUGACUUUUUGCCAAGGCUAGUAUCAAGUUGCCCUCUACUUGAAGAUCUUACAUUCCAACCCUUUACAAGGCAUGUGAACAUCACGGCUAUCACGUCGACUUCCCUUCGAAGAUUGACUUUAAGGAUGCCUAAAUGUCCUGAUUUUUUCCGAGAUAACAGCGACUGUGUGCUGAUCAAUACUCCCAAUCUGGAGUACAUUGAAUACUCUGAUAAUUUAGCAAGUUGUUACUCAAUCCCUGUAAUGCAUGGUCUUGUUAAAGCAUCUCUGACAAUAUGCAUGGCCUUAAAAUUUGGAAGAUCAUUUCAGCAAAUAAUUAACCUCAUUAGACCCUUUUCUUAUUCUCAACACUUAUCAUUGUUUGGCAUUUUUAUGUGGGAGUUUGACUUCAUCGAUGAGGAAGUCUUAAAGGAUAAACUCCCCGUGUUUCCUAAUCUGAAACAUCUAGAGUUGGGUGGUGCUACUGAAGAUAGCUGCUGGGAUAAUCUGUUGUUGCCUUUUCUCAACUGUUCACCUGUCUUAGAAACACUUGAAUUUGCACAGGGACUCGCUGGAUAUCAUGGCGACUUUUUGUGUGAGUAUAGGAAAAAGGCGCUGGAGAAGGAACAAGAAUUUUUUAUCCGUACAGAUCAUGAAACUCCCGUAUGUUGCAGGAAUCGUCUCAAAAGAAUAGUGAUAAGGGAAUACCAUGGAUUUGUUCAGGAGAUAUUAAUAACCCAGUUUCUCCUUAGACAUGCGUUAGUUUUGGAGGAACUGGUCAUAUGCUUAGCCCGAACUCCGAAUUUUAAUCCAUGUCAGAUGUUAAUCGAGAUUACAUUGAAGAAUUUACCAAAAGCCUCAGUCACCUGUUCGAUUCAAGUGUUAUGAUCAGCAUGGUCCAUGUUAACUCCUAUUCAUUCUUACCUACAAGUUAUCUUAGUUUGUUGUAUUUUUAUUUAAUAUCUAUUGUUAAAUGCAUUACUUAUGUGAAGGCGGGGUAAUUCUUACCCUUGAACUGUGCUAGGAUUGAGCCCAACAUAUAUCGUCUAUGUUUGAUAAAUUAUAGUCUUUGUUAAAAAUAAUAGUUUAUGAUUGGCUUUUAGUAAUCAUUCGCAUUCAAAGUCCUGAAGGAGUAAUUUGCAAAUGAAAGCAAUUAUUUAAAA